AUGGCCACGCAGACGAACCAAACACGCUCGAUAAAUAAACACCACAUUCUCAAACGCAAGCAUGGUAGGAUACACAGGAACCUUGUGCAAAAAAGACGCGUAAAUCUGACUUUACUGCAGGAGAGUCCGCACGAACAUCAACAGAGCCUUCUGCUCUCCCGCAUCAUUGUCAACGUUGAGAAACUCAACGAGGCGAUCAUGAUGCUGAACAAGAAUUUACAAGAGAUCAAUAUCCAAAAUAUGGACACCGAGCUCGUGGCGCAAAUGUUCAAGAACUAUCAAUCGAAUGUCCUCUUCCACCUCGAAGCCACGAAUGGUUUGAAAGAUCCAGCGUAA